AGCAGCGAUGUACAUUCACAGAAUUCUUCGAACCCUCCGAGAAUGGGAUAUGCAUGCCAAGCAUGCACGAAGCGCAAGGUAAAAUGCGACAAGGCGGCCCCGACGUGCUCGAGCUGCCGCAAAAGCAAGCUCAGCUGCGGCUAUGAGCCACCUCGCCCGCGGACGCGGAAGCGGAAACCGAGCGAGGACGUGCUGGAGCGGCUGGCACGCUACGAGCGCAUCCUCUGCGAGCACGGCUUGCUGGACCCGGAGGCCGCCCUAACCGCGGCUGCCGAGGGACCCGCGCGGGAGCCGAUAACCCUGCUCUGGGACGAGCCAGAAGGUUCCAAGGCGGGAAAAUUACUGCCCUCGGAGGGGGACUCGGGCUAUCUGUACUUGAACGGCAAGCUCUGGCAGGACCUCGAGGAGCACCAGAUCCAAGGCGUCCCCGACGGCGACGAGGAAGAAGGGGAGGAGGAGAAGGCGGAAGACGAGGCAGCGCCGGCCCGCAGCGAAGUCGGGUUUGGAUUCCCCUCGGAUCCCGUGUCCGUAGCGUUGGCUGGCGGUCCCCGACUGAACCUCGCGCCGUACCACCCGACGCACGAGGAAGUCAUGCUGCUGUGGGCCACCUAUGCCGAGAGGGUCGAGCCCCUGUGCAGGAUCUUACACGUUCCGUCCACCGGCGCCAUGGUCGAGCGGGUCAGCAGGGAUCCGUCGGCGGCGUCCAAGUCUGAGGAGUGCCUCCUCUUUGCCAUCUACCACUUCGCCCUCUUCGCCAUGACCGAAGAGGAUGCCCUGUCCAAGCUGGGUCAAUCCCGCGCCGCCCUGCUCCGGCGGUACCACUUCGCGACGCGGCAGGCGCUCGCCAACGCCUCCUUUCUCAAGACAGCCAAGCUGCCCGUCCUACAAGCGCUCGUCAUGUUUCUCCUGGCCUCGCGGAGCUCCUUCGACGCGCACACUUACUGGGCCCUCACGGGUGUCGCCGUCCGCAUUGCCCAGCGCAUCGGCCUGCACAGGGACGGUGAAAAGUUCGGCCUGCCGCCGUUCGAGGUCGAGAUGCGCCGCCGGCUCUUCUACCAUCUCAUGCCGCUCGACGCCAAGGCCGGCCAGAUGGCCGGCAUGGGCGUCACUACGCUCCCGACCACGUGGGAGACCUGGGAUACGCGGCUGCCCCUCAACGUCAACGACGACCAAAUCGGUCCCGGCAUGACGAAGGCGCCGGCCGAGCAGCAAGGGCCUACCGACAUGAUGGUCUGUCUGUCCCGCUUCCGCCUCGGAAACGCCAUAGUCGAGCAGGCCAUGAUGUCCCAAAAGGGCGGCGGCGGCGGCGGCGGCGGCGGCGGCUCCCGGCCCAGCCCGGGGCGCUUUGACAAUGCUGACGACGCCGAGCAGGCCGUCAACCGGGCCGAGAGCGAGAUGGAGGAGAAGCACAUCCGCUACUGCGACGUAAUCGACCCGCUCCACUACCUGACUGUCUGCAUGGCGCGCUGCGGCAUCGCGGCCAUGCGGCUGCGGAUCCGGCUGCCCCGGACGGCCAGCCCCCAGGCCACCGAGGCCGACGUCCGGGAGGCGUUCCAGCUGGCCCUCAAGAUACUCGACACCAAUGCGGCCGUGUGCACCCACGACGGCCUCAAGAAGUACCGCUGGCACGCCGAGUCCUUCUUCCUCUGGGGCACGUGGGACUCGUUCAUCUUCGUCCUUUCCAACGUCUUCCUCAAGCGCCGGCGCAUGUUCUCCGACCAAGAAGCCGACACCGUCUGGGACCGCAUCGAGGUCAUGUCCCGAUACCACGGCGACCUCCCCCGGCCCAAGCCAGCUCUGUUCGCGGCCCUCGGGCGCCUGGCGCUCCAGGCCUGGGAGGCGCGCCCGUCGACCAAGGCGACAACAGCCGAGCCCGACUUCAUAACGGCACUGCGG